GAGAGGGAGACAGAGAGUGAGAGAGUGAGAGUGAGAGAGGGAGAGAGAGACUACCCAACCCAAGCAGAGCGUACUGAGGCGUCAGACGGCCGCCAGAGCAUUCCGGUUACGCACCGUUCAGAGGGCCCAUCGACGGUUCGCAGCGCCACAAGCAGCUGAAGAAGAAGUCACCAUACCUGGGCACACGGCCACGUUUAUAGUCAGUAAUGGAGAGCCUGCUGGAUAAUCCCAUGAAAGCCGUUCUUUACCUGAAGGAGCUCACCACUAUCGUGCAGAACCAGCAGAGCCUGAUCCAGACGCAGCGCCAACGCAUCGACGAACUCGAGCGAAAGGUGGAGGACCUGAUAGGAGAGAACCGAAAUUUGAGGGACCCCCACCACUACGUACAGCAGCCCCCUCAACAUCACCACCAUCACCACCACCCGACUCACCGCAGCGCCAGUCCCCAGGCACCCGCCAACCUCCAUCUGCACCCGGUGAGCAACAAGGCUGCGGCUCACCUCGGCCAGCAGGCGCAGCAGCAGCAGCCGCCGCCGCCGCCGCAGCUGCAGCAGCAGCAUCAUCAGCAGCAGCAGCAGCAGCAGCAACAGCAGAUCCCCGGUCUGUCGGCCCAGCCUCAGCAGCAUCCCAUCCCUCCCGCGCCGACCGCCCACCACCCCCAGCAGCUCCAGCUCGUCCCCACCUUACCACAGUCGCCCAAAACGAGCCAAGCCAGCCCCGACUCCGUGGAGGAGGACAAGAGGAGCCCCUGCUGUAAGUCCCUGGUUCCGCAGACUCCCACCACUCUCUGCCGCUCCGUCGGGCUGGCGAGGAAAACGGACAACCAAACAGUGCUUCACCAGUUCUGCUGUCCCGCCCCCGAGGCCCAUGAGGGGGAGACCUCUACUGCCUGUGUCCCCAGCGAUGACCUUCCUCCAGAACCGUCUAUCGGGGAGGAAGGGAAGGGAGGAGAGGGGGAGCUGCAGAGUGAGGUCGAGGCACAACCACAGCCUGAGCAACCGCUGCAAGAACCUCAGCCACAGACGCAACCCCCCCCACAGCCACAGACUCAACCCCCCCCACAGCCACAGACUCAACCACCCCCACAGACUCAACCAUCCCCAGAGCAACUGUCUCAACCUCCCCCAGACCCCCAGUGUGAGUCCCAACCUGAGCCUCAGCCCGAACCACAGCCCGAAACCAAACCUCAGCCAGAACUCGAACCCGAGCCCCAGCCUGUACCGGAGCCCGAGCCCGAGCCUGAGCCUGAGCCUGAGCCUGAGCCUGAGCCUGAGCCUGAGCCUGAGCCUGAGCCUGAGCCUGAAGUGGAGGAAGCUGAACAGGACCCCCCUGAAGCCCCUUCACCUCUUGGAGAGGAGCAGACAGUGGUGGAGCAAGAGAAGGAGGAAGAAGAAGUCGAGGAGGCAGAGAGAAAGCAAGAUGGAGAGGAGGCGCAGCCCGAGCGGCGUGAGGGCGAGGCAGCACAGGAGGCAGAGGAGGAGGAGGAAGGGGGAGGAGCUAAAGGAGGGGGGGCGGGCAGGAGGGCCAGCCUGCACCACACAGCCUCGCCCCUGAGGGUGCAGCGCAACGGGGCCGGCUCGCACUCCGCCACCUCCGACUAUGAGCUCUCGCUUGACCUCAAAAACAAGCAGAUCGAAAUGUUAGAGCACAAAUACGGGGGCCACCUCAUCUCCCGCCGCGCCGCCUGCAAGAUCCAGACCGCCUUCCGCCAGUACCAGCUCAGCAAGAACUUCGAGAAGAUCCGCAACUCGCUUCUGGAGAGUCGUCUGCCUCGACGCAUCUCCCUGCGAAAGGUCCGUGUGCAAAACACUGAAGGCUUCUCCGCUGAACGGGCCCUGGCAGAAGGCUGCAACCUCACAGGCAUCCCAUUGGUGCGCUCACCGUCCCUGCCAGCCACGGUGGGCGGCAGCCUGACCGACCUGGAAGACUCCUUCACGGAACAGGUCCAGUCUCUGGCCAAGUCUAUAGACGAUGCACUCAGCAACUGGAGCCUGAAGACCAUGUGCUCACUGCAAGAAGGUGGCACCUAUCAGUUCACUGCCGACUCCUUCAGUGCAGCCGCAGCAGCAGCAGAGGUGGGGGGGGGGGGGAGGAGGAGUCGUGAGGGAGUCAUCGCUUCCUCAAGUCCCGGUGGACCCAGUGACCUGUCGAGAAGCGCGAGCAAACUGAUGAUGGCUUUCCGCGAUGUGACGGUGCAGUUUGACGCCCAGAACUUCCGCGUCUCAUCUUCAGUCUUGGAAUCGUCCACGGUCACCCUCGGCAGCAGCAUCCAACCAGAAGGAACCCCCGCCAUUGUCACAUCUGCUUCCUCAAACUUCACUCCGGCCUCCAUACCUCCUGGCCCCUCACAAGAGCCCCCACCUCCUCAUGUUGAACUCCCAGCUGAACCCAUAUAUCCCCCGCCGCCUUCCCAGGAGCCCCCUCCGCCCCCGGAAUCAGAAGAAGACGAGCAGGACGAUGAUGAUUUCCCCGCUCCUCCCCCGAGUGAAGAAGAGAUUGGGGAUGACGAACAGCCUCCCCUCACCCCUCUGGAUAAGAUGGCUGCUCCUCAGAGCCCAGAGGAGAUGGUGCCACCGCAUACAGAGCCCCUGUACGCCCCUCCAGCUCUGAUGGUGAGCUCCCCCAUGGCACAGCCGCUGGAGGUGAAGAGGUGCGGCUCAGAGACGGCAGACAACAGCUCGGAGCAGAUGAGCAGCAGCAGCACGUCCACAGAGGCCCGCUCCACGUCUGAGGCCUCGUCCAAGGAGGCGCUGCAGGCCAUGAUCCUCAGCCUGCCGCGCUAUCAGUGUGAGAACCCCGCCAGCUGCAAGUCCCCCACCCUGUCCACCGACGUCAUGCGGAAACGCCUCUACCGCAUCGGCCUCAAUCUCUUCAAUGUAAACCCUGACAAAGGUCUUCAGUUCCUGAUCUCUCGAGGCUUCAUCCCAGACACACCCAUCGGCGUCGCCCACUUCCUGCUGCAGAGGAAGGGCUUGAGCCGGCAGAUGAUAGGAGAAUUCCUCGGAAACAGCAAGAAGCCUUUCAACAGAGAUGUCCUAGAUUGUGUGGUGGAUGAGAUGGACUUCUCAGGCAUGGAGCUGGACGAGGCUCUGAGAAAAUUCCAGGCCCAUAUUCGUGUCCAGGGAGAAGCCCAGAAAGUGGAACGUCUUAUCGAGGCCUUCAGUCAGCGCUACUGCAUGUGUAACCCCGACGUGGUGCAGCAGUUUCACAACCCGGACACCAUCUUCAUCCUGGCCUUCGCCAUCAUCCUGCUCAACACGGACAUGUACAGUCCAAACAUCAAGCCCGACCGCAAGAUGAUGCUGGAGGACUUCAUACGCAACCUACGAGGUGUUGAUGACGGAGCAGAUAUCCCCAGAGACAUGGUGGUGGGAAUCUAUGAAAGAAUACAACAGAGGGAGUUACGCUCCAACGAAGACCACGUCACCUACGUCUCCAAGGUGGAGCAGUCCAUCGUGGGAAUGAAAACGGUUCUCUCUGUCCCUCACAGAAGACUGGUGUGCUGCAGUCGACUGUUUGAGGUGACUGAUGUCAACAAGGCCCAGAAACAGGCGGCGCACCAGAGAGAAGUCUUCCUCUUCAAUGAUCUCAUUGUGAUCUUGAAGCUUUGUCCAAAGAAGAAGAGUUCUGCAGCCUACACCUUCUGCAAAGCAAUGGGCCUGCUUGGCAUGCAGUUUCAUCUGUUUGAGAAUGAAUACUACCCUCAUGGCAUCACCAUCCUCUCACCUUUUGGCUCGGACAAGAAGCAGGUCCUUAACUUCUGUGCCCAAAGUGCAGAGGAGCUGCUUAAGUUCAUAGAAGAUCUGAAGGAAUCAAUCGCGGAGGUGUCGGAGAUGGAGCAGAUACGCAUCGAGUGGGAGCUGGAGAAGCAGCAGGGGGCCAAGGCACACUCAGUGAAGAACAAUGGCACCCAGCUAGAACUGCGUGGCAAACAGGGCUCCCCAUCAGGAAACCAGGAGAUGGAUGACCGAAGUGGACACAAUGCAGUAGAGGUGUCAAUUCACAACAGGCUUCAGACGUACCAGCUCAGCAGCACGGCUCCGAGUCCCGAGAGCGUGGCCCUUCUUAACCAUCGGGGGGAGCUGCUCUUCCAGCAGGGGCCCCAGGGGCUAACCUACGGGCCGGUGCCUCCCCCUCAGCACCCGCAGCUGCAGUCAGCAACAAGCACCCCCACCCACCACCUCCACCUCCAGCAGCACCACCAGGCGGCCGUCAGCAUGUCUGAUCUGAGACCCGAAACACUGAUCCAGUGUCAGCAGAUCGUCAAGGUCUUCAUGCUGGACAACAGCGGCCACGGACACAUGGAGGCCUUCCUCAGCCAGACCCCCACCCACCACCACUACCAGCACCACCACCACCACAGCCACCACCAGCUCAGCCACUCGGCCAUGUCCACCCCGGUGCGCUCGCCGGACAGCUCUCACGGCAACGACGGCCACCAGCCCCCGCUGCCCCCCCCACCUCCGCCUUACAACCACCCACACCAGUACAUACCCCCAGACCCUCGCCUCAGUCUACACCGGACCCCAAGUGGCUCACGGAGCAUGGUGUAAAUAAAUAAAUUAGUAGUCUUUCCCUAAAACACCCACGUUCACACACCCUAACCCCACCCCUUAUCUACCUAUUUAAAGAGUACAUAAUGUACAUAUAUAUAUACAGAUGAAAGAGCUAUAAAAAAAAAAUGAAAUCUCACUUAUAUGCAUAUAUUUAAGGAAAGAAAAUAAACUAAAAGAAAAAGUUUCAAAAGAGAAACGGAGAAAUAAAGUGCAUAUAUACAGUUUUACUUGAUUCCACAUGUAUUUUGAAAUAUUAUGUAGUUUUAACACAUUUCUAAAACUUUUUGUCAGUUUUAACUCUUGCUAGGAAAACACAGAUAUUCAGUUUCUGGAUGGAUGUCUUCUCGUUGCAUCCUCAACAACAACAGAAAUGGACAGUGAUGGAUCGACACCUUCCAAGGACCCUCUGCUUCUGUCCGCUCUCUUCACCCCCCCCCCCCCCCCCCCCCUCAUGCCUAUUGUGCUUUAUGUGCGCCUGCGUGCAUAGUGAACACUUACGGCCCGUCCACACUACAGCUUCGACAGCUUCAAAAACGGUUUCCAACGCGUCUGCCCAUUCACUUUGAAUGGGGUGACGUCACUUUUCGCCGAACUGCAUUGUGGGAAGCAGAGCGGAGCUUUCCUGG